CAUGUUUCAUGAACUAUACAUGAAUAAGGAUGUCUCCGACUCAGAUCCACCUAUUUUCUGCGCACUGUGCAUGUAUUCUGGGAAAUGUAGCAAGUGUUGGUAGGUGUGGCAUCUCCGUUGCAUUAAUGACGGCAAAGCAGGGCCUUCGGUCGAUAUCGUGUCUGGCAUGACGAUUAGGCACAGAUCAACAACCUGCUCUGGUUACAGGAACUGCUUGUGGGAAGAAGACGGUACGGAUUGACGACGGUAAGUCACAUGCAAGCGGUAAAGAAGAGGAAGAAACAUUGAUCAUGUUGAUUCCGUCACCAUACAGUAGGGUUCUGCCGUCGUAUAAAGGGGAAAGUGGAGGACCCUUUCCGGUGACCAGGUGUGCUGUGACACCUAAAAGAACAAAGCAAGAAAGAGAACUUGAGCCUGACCAGGGACCUCACUAGAGCUCUUUUCAGUCAUCAAACAGCAUAGCACGAAGAAGUGCAGUUGCCAAAGGGCAAGCAGGUAACAUGGGAGAAGAGGAGAAGAAGAAGAAGAAACAUAAGCACAAGGACCAGAAGAGCCAGCCACAAAAGCCUCCUCGCCGAGACAAGUCUGCGACGGGCGACCCUCACUUCAAGCCGAGCGCCGACGUCAAGGGCAUCCGCUUCGGCGGCCAAUUCGUGGUCAAGUCGUUCACCGUCCGGCAGGCGACGCCGCUGGAGCUGCUGCGGCUUCUGGACAUCCCCCCGUCCUGCCUCAGCCAGUGCCAGAGCCUUCCCUUCCCUUCCACCACCACGUACCUGCCCACCAACUUCACCAUCUUGGCCCAUCAUGCAUGGCACACGCUCACCCUCGGCCUGGGCACCAACAAGUCCAAGGCGGUGAUCUUCGUCUUCGAGUCGGAGAGCAUGAAGGUGGCGGUGGACCGGCUGUGGCCGCGCAUGAUCCCGCUGGGGGACGUCAACAAGAGGCUCAUCCGGGGGCUCGCCGGCUGCGAGAUGUCGCGGUUCAAGUUCCGAAAAGGGUGCCUGACGUUCUACGUCUACGCCGUGCGGCGGCUGGGAGCUGCCGGCUUCUCUUGCGCCGACGACCUACGAAGGAUCCUCGAGGCGGUCGUGGCCCUCAAGGACUUCUUGGACCACACGGCCAUGCUCGCACUGCCCAGCCAACGAAGCAUCGCUUUCCCGAAUCCCGUUGCAAUGGCACACUAAGAUUUGUUCCUCCCUCUCUCUCUCUCUCUCUCUCUCUCUCUCUCUCUCUCUCUUUGAUGCCUUUCAAUUCUUUGACGGCCACAGCCACUUAAAUCUCCAUAGUUCUUUUUCUCUCCUUCGAUGUGAGAAUCGCCCUUGUUUCAGUGAAAAGUGAGAUUACUUGUGCAUGCGAA